AUCCCCGUUUCGGGGGGCGGGCUGCCCCCAGUGAGCACCCUGACCAACAUCCACAGCUUGUCCCACCACAACCCGCAGCAGUCCCAGAACCUCAUCAUGACGCCGCUCUCGGGAGUCAUGGCCAUCGCACAGAGUCUGAACACCUCGCAGGCGCAGAGCGUGCCUGUUAUCAACAGCGUUGCCGGCAGCCUUGCAGGCCUGCAGCCGGUGACUCGGCUGCAGAACUCGCACAUGUACGCGCACAAGCAGGAGCCUCCCCAGUAUUCCCACACCUCCCGCUUCCCCUCGGCGAUGGUGGUGACGGAUACCAGCAGCAUCAGCACGCUGACCAAUAUGUCUUCCAGUAAGCAG